AUGUAUGCACGGAUAAGAAAAAGAGUCGAAACAAAGCAGCAAGAGAAGCAGUUCACUUUCGCGGGCACAUAUCCCUUGUCAGACACUAGGAACGAGGGUAUGCAACACUCAUCAUCGCCGCAUCCAACAACCGAACUGGUCCAGGCACUUAAAACCACCAAGAAACACACGGACAAACGUUAUCUCCACGUAUGUGAAGGUUAUAUAUGA